AUGUCGCAUAUACUUGGGCGCCAUGUUAGUGGUCGUCUAACGUUUCUUCACAAUGGGAAGUAUGUGGAAGACAAGCGCCACGUGCUGCGGAUGCUGGAGAGGAAAACACCUUUGUGCCAGGCGUUGUCUCGUGGUGAGAAGGAUCGGUUUAGCCCUCUCCGGCAGGAACGUAGAUCUUUGAGAAAGAUUUGGCAGCAGCAGAAUGGACAAACAGCUUUAUACUUGUCAGGUGGCAGCCCAGACCUUCUUUGUCUUCUGGUAGAGAAGAGCGCUGAUGUAAACGUACAGGAUGAGAGAGGGCAAACAGCGCUACUCCAGGCAGUGUCACGUGAUGACAUGGAUCUCCUCCGUCUUCUGAUAGAGAAGAAGGCUGAUAUAAACGUACAAGAUCAGAACGAGGAUACGCCUUUACACGUGGCAGCAUCACGCGGCAACGUGGCCGUUGUUCAUAUCCUUGUCGAGCAGGAUGCUAAUGUCAACGUACAGAAUAAGGAUGGGAGAACACCUUUUUACGUUGCAGCAUUAUGUGGUAGCGUGGACGUUGUUCGUAUUCUGGUGGAAAGGGGAGCUGACGUCAAUGUACAGAACAAGUUCCAGUCUGAGCUGGAUAUUCAAAGAGUUCAGAUAUACCCUGACACCUGUGGACUUCCUUCUGAACUGGAAGGCAGAUUCAGGCGGACUACAUAG